UGAACUACACCGAGGUGUCGUGAAAAACAGGACGGCAGCCGCUUCCCGGAGCUGUCGUGAAGAAGCGGGUUUGUGCGGAAGGGCAAAGAGACACGGGAACCGAAAAGCCAUGCCGUUUGUGAAUCUGCAGGACAAGCUGGGAGUGAACAUUGACAAGUGGCUGCUGGCGCAGAGCGGGGAGCAGCCCUACAAGCGCACGGCGCGCUGCCACGCCUUCGAGAAGGAGUGGAUCGAGUGCUCGCACGGGAUCGGCCAGACCAGGGCGCGCAGGGAGUGCAGGCUGGAGUUCGAGGACUUCUACGAGUGCAUGCACCGCCAGAAAACUCACAAGCGCCUGUAUGAGAUGCGCACUCAGAAGGAGAAGCUGAUGAAGGAAGGGAAGUACUCGGCCCCCGAUCACCACACCGGCAAAGAGGAGCCCCGGCCCUGAGGGGAGCCCCCUUGUGGAGGAGUGGCGCCGGUGCAGCCCGGGUUCAAACACAGUGCCCUGAUCCUUGCAGAGGAGUAGCAGUGCUGUUAAUAAACUGAAGUCUCUUUGUUAAAUAACCUUGUUAAUGUGCUCGUCUUCCAUCGCCUCAAGCCUGGGCAGCACACACUGUGAUUCCUUUUCAUGGGCUGCUUGUGAAACAGCUUGUUUGCAGGGGACAGUGUUUAAGCGGUUCUCUGCAUUUUAAAUAGAGCCAGUGUCAAUCAGGAUUUGUUUAGAAGGUCUGCUUAGUGAAAAUUGCUUGAGAUUGCCCCUUUAAUAGACCAUAGGAAAAAAAAUGCAUGUUUUGUCAGUGGCGCGCGGCAGUGUCUGUUCUCAAUGAAUUCCAGCUUAACAGAAUACACUGUGUUCAGUUCA